UCCUGAGUCAGCAGUGGCGAGGAGGCGAGCGGCACCUCGCCGCCCGGCCCGGCCCCGCCGAGCGCCCCGGGCCCCCUCCACCACUGCGCCGGCUCCCAGUCCCUGGCGUCGCGCAUCCGCGGCAGGAAGGGGGCCGUGGGGGCCCCGCCAGCUCCUGCCCUCCGCCGCCGCCGGGUAGGCUCGCCGCCGCGGCCUGGGUGCGGUCGCAGGUGGGGAAGGGGUGGAAAACGGAGUCGUGCUUCAUGGCCACAGAAGGCUACUAAACAAUAUUAGAGGAAGCCAACAUUAAGACGCAUAAUUUCCACGCAGCUGGUUGGAAAAGUUGUCACUGCCUUCCUGGUGCAGCAUGGCAUUUGGACUUGGUGUUCUCUGCCUGUUACUAUGGGCAAUAACAGGUUCCACUUGUGAGCAGUGCCGAGAAGGAGCCAUGUACUCAGGUGCAGUAAUAUCUCCCAACUUAGAAACCACUAAAAUUAUGCGAGUUCCUCAUGCUAUGUCAGUGUCCGACUGCAUUGCAGCAUGUUGUGACCUCUCUGGUUGUGACUUGUCCUGGAUGUUUGAACGACGCUGUUACAUCGUGAACUGCCAACACAAAGAGAAUUGUGAACCUAAAAAAAUUGAAACUGUAAAGUCCUAUCUUACUUUUGUGCUGAGGCCUUCUCAGAGACCAGCCUCGCUGCUAGGAUUUGGGCAAGUGAUCCCAAGCAUGGUCCACUCUGUGGGACUCCAGAAUGAGCCGUCUGAUGAAGUGAGUAGCCUGAAGGAGCUGUCUCUGCUUGGCAAAGAUCCCAGCCUUGAGGAGAUACCUGAAUACAUUGAUGAUUAUAAAGAGUUGGAGCAAGACCCCUUUCAGGUCAGCAUCAAACAUGAACGGAAGGAGAGCACGGAUUAUGCUGACUGGGGCCUGAUGGUAGCAGGUGAAAACAGCUUCAACUCUUCAGUGGGUGAUGGUGGAGAUAACCAGGAAGACUUUGCUGAAAAGAAAGGGGAGGCUGGGAAGGCGGAAAGCCUUCUGAAUAAAAAUGGCUCUGAAUUGAGCUUUGUCACUGAACACUCCAUAGAGAGGUUAUCAUCUCUGCCAGAGAUUACGCCAUUCCCCAGGAAGACAUCUGAAAGUGAAGCAGCUGUUCAACUCCUUGCACAACCUGAUGAUGCUUUGCAAAAAGAGGCUGCUACGCCUUCCCCUUCUUCAGACAAACUGGAUUUCUCCCCAGGUGUGUCAGAGAAAACCCAGACUCCCACAAUGGCCCCAGAGAAUGUCACUGAAGGUGGAAUCACACUACUUUCCACUAAUACUGUGUCACCUGAGCCCAUGCAGCAAUUCACACCACCUGCUACUGAUGCUAAAGCAGUAAAAGAACUUAUUGUAUCUGCUGGAGAUAACAUACAAGUGAUGCUACCCAAAAAUGAGGUGGAACUGAAUGCCUUUGUUGUCCCGCCACCGCCUACAGAAACAGCCUACACCUAUGAGUGGAGCUUAAUUACUCACCCUUCUGACUAUGGCGGUGAAAUGGAGCGCAGGCACAGCCAGACUUUGAAGCUCUCUCAUUUAUCGGUGGGACUUUAUGCCUUCAAAGUGAUGGUGUCUGGUGAAAAUGCCUUUGGUGAAGGUUUUGUAAAUGUCACAGUCAAACCAGCAGUCAGAGUUAACCAGCCACCUGUUGCCGUUGCUUCACCCAAAGUACAGGAAGUGUCUUUGCCUACAACUUCUACCUUCAUUGAUGGCAGUCAAAGUAUAGAUGAUACGAAGAUAGUGAGUUACCACUGGGAGGAAAUUAAAGGUCCUUUGCGAGAGCAGAAGGCAUCUGCUGACACACCUGUCUUGCACUUGUCUAACCUUGUUCCUGGAAACUACACUUUCAGACUCACAGUGAUUGAUUCAGAUGGAGCCGCUAACUCCACCAUUGCAUCUCUGACUGUCAACAAACCAGUGGAUUACCCACCUAUUGCCAAUGCAGGACCUAAUCAGGCAGUCACCUUGCCCCAGAACUUCAUCACGCUGAAUGGAAACCAGAGCAGCGAUGACCAUGAAAUUGUCAGCUAUGAGUGGUCGCUCAGUCCCAAAAGCAAAGGCAAAGUUGUAGCAAUGCAGGGAGUACGGACGCCGUACCUCCAGUUAUCUGCAAUGCAGGAGGGAGAUUAUACGUUUCAGCUGACUGUUACAGACUCUGCGAGGCAGCGGUCCACGGCUGAGGUCACACUGAUUGUGCAGCCUGAAAAUAACAGCCCUCCAGUAGCAGUCGCUGGCCCUGACAAGGAAUUGACUUUCCCAGUAGAAAGUACUACACUGGAUGGAAGCAAAAGCCAAGAUGACCAAGGCAUUGUCUUCUAUCACUGGGAAAAUAUCAGUGGACCAAGCUCAGUACAGAUGGAAAAUGGCAACAAAGCAAUAGCAACUGUGACUGGUCUUCAGGUUGGUACCUAUCGCUUCAGGCUGACCGUGAAAGACCAACAGGGCUUAAGCAGUGCAUCUGUGCUUUCUAUUACUGUGAAGGAAGAAAACAACAGUCCACCCCGGGCGCAUGCUGGUGGGAAGCAUGUUCUAGUGCUUCCAAAUAACUCUGUUACCUUGGAUGGCUCAAGGUCUGCUGAUGACCAGGGGAUUGUCUCGUAUUUGUGGAUUCGAGAUGGCCAAAGCCCAGCAGCUGGGGAUGUGAUCUAUGGCUCAGACCACGAGGCAGUACUGCAGCUAACUAAUCUGGUGGAAGGAACCUACACUUUUCACUUGAAAGUGACGGAUGCCAAAGGAGACUCAGAUAUUGAUUCAGCAACUGUUGAAGUGCGGCCUGAUCCCAAGAGGAGUGGUCUGGUGGAGCUGAUUCUGCAAGUUGGAGUAGGACAGCUGAGUGAACAGCAAAAGGACACCCUGGUGAGACAGCUGGCUGUAUUACUGAAUGUUUUGGAUUCAGAUAUCAAAGUUCAGAAGAUACAAGCCUACUCAGAUAUAAGCACUGCGGUUGUGUUCUACGUGCAGAAUGGGCAUCCUUCCAAGGUGAUCAAGGCAUCAGAUGUCUCACGAACUCUGCAUGUGCAGCUUUUGAAAGAGAAGGCUGAUUUUCUGCUUUUUAAAGUCCUGCGGGUUGACACGGCUGCCUGUCUUUUAAAAUGUUCUGGACAUGGACACUGUGACCCCAUAACAAAGCGCUGCAUUUGCUACCAGCUGUGGAUGGAAAACUUAAUUCAUCGUUAUCUAAAUGAUGGAGAGAGUAAUUGUGAGUGGAGUAUACUCUAUGUGACUGUAUCUGGUUUUAUUUUGAUUGUGGUCACGGUAGGGCUUGCCUGGUUCUGCAUCUGCUGCUGCAAAAGCAGAAAGAGGACGAAGAUAAGAAAGAAAACAAAAUACACCAUCCUAGAUAACAUAGAUGAACAGGAGAGGAUGGAGCUACGACCCAAAUACAGUAUAAAACACAGAAGUACAGAACACAACUCCAGUCUGAUGGUCUCCGAGUCAGAGUUUGACAGUGAUCAGGAUACUAUCUUCAGCAGAGAAAAGAUUGAAAGAGAGAAUCCUAAAACCCUCAUGAAUGGAUCCAUCAGAAACGGAGUUUCCUUCAGCUACAGUUCCAAAGACAGAUAAUUGAAUGAGGGUAAAAGCACAGAACAUGCUCGUCCAACACAUCUGAAACAUGUUGGCCCACCUCUGUUUUUCCAGAACCGAAAACUUCCUAAAAUACCAACUAAUUGCAGAUGAAAAGGUAAAUUUCUAGCACAGUUAGGGGAGAGAAGGAGGAAGAAUUAGAUGGUCAGCUAACUCCUUUUGUCACCAUUAUAGGAACAAGGAAGAGCACAUCUUAUUUCUUGCAUGUUCCAUGCUGUAUGUUUGUCUGAACUUCAGAAGGCCUUUUUUCCUGUAUUGCUGCUAAAAAACUAGCCAGGGCUGUUAAGCUACUAACAAUGGUAACUGAAAUGCAUAUAGAUCUGUGUCCUGUGCUCCUACCUCUCUCUUGGAGAAGCAGUGUGAUUAUAAUGCUGACCUAAACCAGUGAAAGCCAAUAUAGAUAAAUUCCCUUGCAACUAUAGAGAGCAAUAUGUGACCACAGGCUCAAUCUUCAUUUUCAGUUUAGGUUGGGAACACAGAGAGCAAGCAUUUUCAGUGCGUUGUAUUUAUCUCUGUGCUUUAUGACUUCCUUUUCUAGGGUAGUGCUCAUCAGAUGGAAAUGUCUUUGUUUUCAAAGGAAGUGUACAAUUUAGGAGUUGCACUUAAUCAGCUGUAAUGUAAUGUGGUACAUCUGUGUCCUGUAGGAUGCAAUGUUCCCAAUAUUUACUUAGAAAGUAUGGUGUCUGCAAGGAAGUCCAGCCUUAGGUUGCUUCUGUAAUGAUGGAGGUGCUUUGGCUCCCUGGAGUCUGCCAUGUCCAGCCAGGAAACAGUAGCAGAAAGGCAGGAAGGACUCAGUGCAGUGUGCCUUCAGAAGGAUUUUGAGCAUCCCAAACAACUUUUUGCUUAGCACUUUUAAGGAGCUUUGGACCUUUAAGACUGAACCCUCAGCUGAGUUUUCAUCUGUCAGCCUCAGUGCUCCAUUAAAGAAUGUGCCAGGCAUUCGUGUAGUGAAAUGCUUGUGGUGAAGUACCCUAUGUGGAGCAGGAGGUUCAACACCUACCUUCGUUGUCAUGGGAAUUGGUACUGAGGAAGGUUUUAGCUUGAGCACUUUUCCUGUGUGGCUAUUCAGUGACUAGAUAUGUUGGUCUAAAGAGAUCCCUUUAGGUGUUUGGGAAGGGUAGGUGUGUUGGAGUUCUGAUGUUCUUGCUUGCAGUCUGGAUAAUUUCUUUACAGCAUGCUUAUUAGGCUUUGUACUGUUCUUGAAAUCCCAGACUGAAGACCUGGCUUUUACACAUACGCCUCACUUGUGGGGGCAUCUGUGUCAGCAGUACUGUCUGGCCACAACAUCUGCCUUUCCUGAGGGUGCUUUACUGACAUGCCGGAGUCUUCAGCUGAGCUGGAGGCAUGGUGUGUUCUGAGGGAGGAAACAUUCCUCCGGGAACAUUUUGGACAGGUUUUUUAACUUUUUUUUUUUUUAAUCGGUGGUGGAGAAUCCAUUAACAGAGAAGGGUAGAGUAGUAUAGAGAUCAAGGGGAGCAGAUCAGAAGGGUUGGGGAGGGGAUGUAGUCCACCUCCAUCAUGAGGAAUAAUUUGGUGGAGAAUUUUGGGGCUUUCUCCAUCUUUUCAUAGAAGUCCAACACAACAGAGUAGUUGGGUUGAACACUGUGGCUUCUAUGCUUCUCUUAUUAAUGGAGUUGGGCAAAAGUCAGAAGAACAGUCUAGGCUGGAAGGAAUAUGUAGUCAAAAGUUGCAGCAAUGUUAUGCUCAUACCUGGUUUCAUACCUUUGAUUCUCAAAUGCAGCCAGCAACAGUCCCUAAGGCAACUGAUGCUGCACUGAGGACUGUUUAUCCUGUGCCCAGCCCUACAUCUCUCUGGAGAGCUGAGUGUGGCUGCAGGAGUCAUAGUGUUGGGAGAAGCUGCGAAGAGCUAAAAAGGGCUAAUGCAAGUGUUUUCCAUGUUUUUCCCAUACCCACCAGCAAGAUGCAGUAUAAAUGCUAUGAAUUGCUUUCUUCAGAAGCCAAGUUUUAACUCUGUGUAUGGGGGUUUUAGGCUAUUUAUUGAAACAAAUCUACUUUAUCUCAUUCUCCCCCUUCUUGUGUGUGUGUGCAUAUAUAUAUAUUUUUAAUAAGUUGGUCAAUAAAAGGAAGGACAUCAAUUGAUGUGUUUCAAUUUCUGUUCCAGAGGUGUUAAAAUAAUAACGCAAUGUUCACUUUAAAGCAUUCCUGAGGAAAGUUAAGGCCUACUCAAAUACUAUUUUUUUUUUUCAUUUUUAAAUCAAAAUGUUGGACUUAAUCCAUUCUGCACAAAUUCCUAAAAUGGUUUAGCAGGAAUUAUGCUCUUGGAAACAUGCAUUUGAAAAAAAAAAGGGGGGGGGGGAGAGAAGUUGCAUAGGCAACUACAACUUUGUAUUGGCCACGCUGCCAUUAAUGCUUCUGCUAAAUACUGUAUCCAGUGUGCCUUUAUCUGUAAACUUACAGGACAUGUUAGUGUAGUCAGCACCAUCUUUCAGUUUUGUGAAGGCAGUCACUUGCGUGUUUUGGGUUUAUUUUACAUUUUUAAAGCUGGUGGUGAAGCCUAGGGGGGGUAGUUCUUUCAAGGAAUUAAAACUCAGACAUCUUUUUUUUUAAAAAAAAACAACAACAAAAUUAAAGGCUGAUUCUCUAGUAAAACAACUACAGGAGUCAUAAACCUGCUUUCCUCAAUGCUGCAGAAUUCCCAGGGCUGUUUCCCCUCACACAUACACUGUGGGCUCUGCUCUUUGGAUUGGUGGCAAGUUCUUGUGCCAUGAGAACAUCUGCAUGAUUUGACUAAGUAUUUCUCGCUCUAACAAAUACGAACCACUAGACCUAUUUCUUAUUGCAUAAGGCCCUAGCAAGUGGAAGCUGCUUACUAAAUUCUGUUCUCUAGAUGGUGCUUUGACGUCUUCAUUGCUAACAGUAUUUUAGUUACAUUUUAAAAGUUGAAUAUAGUUUAAAUUUUUGAGCUGCUUCUAAUUUUACUGAUUUGCUUCUUCCGCCUCCUUGGAAGGAGAAGUCAUUCGUCAUACAUAAGAUUGGGCUUGCUCUUAAUAUGAAACUUGCACGAAAGUUAAAAAUAAUAGUUUCUGGCUCUGUGAAUUUGUGAUAUCACAUGUUAGUGUCACUUGGCCAAGCAUGAUUUCUUUUUUUUCCCCAGGAAUUUAGGAGAGACUAUAGCAAGCCUUGUAUCUUGAUUCAGUGUAAUUCUCAUGUCUAGAACUGUUGCUUCCUUGCAGAAUGUCAGGUCUACCUGAAGUGAAAGCAUCAGAAAACUAGCUGUUUAAGGUGCAAACAUAAUGGUGGAUUUCUGAUGCUAUCUUCUAGUUUGGGUUACUAUGGGUUUGAAGCAGGUUCUCAGUCCUCAUGUUUACUUCCACACGCCAUUUUCCUUCGUAUACAGAAAGAGUGCUGGCAGCUUCAUUGUGAAAUAGGGAUAUUCCUGUCUUGUCUGCACUGAAAAGCAGAGGAGACUGAUACAGCCUGUCAUGUAUGGCUUAAAGUUCACUGAAAAUAAAGAAUAAAUUCAGUUUGGCUCUCAUAAGAUAGUGCCUCUCUGUGAAGGCAAAUGGUGUGCUGAUACUUAAUAGUGCAUCAUAGCCUUGGUGUAAGUGCUAGAUUUUCAUUUGCAUCUUGGUUUUACAUUUACACAUGCUGAUGCAUGCACAAGCAGAAAUUGUCCAGCUGUGUAAAAGGACUGCCUUUUGUUUGCAUUUUAAGUAAGGAGUAUAUUUUGGAAAAAAAACUUAUCAUUCCUGCCUGAGGCAUUAAACAGGUUCAGUACUCAGCUUCCAUACUCAAUGCAUUGUAUACACAGCACAAAACUGCCAUGCGGUGAACAGGUCAUUGGCUUGUGAUUUUUAGUUUUCUCAACCAAAACACUACUGCAGUAUGAAACAAAAUUUACCGUGGCAGAUCCACUGAGAUACACAUACAAAUUCUCUGUCCUAUGGUUCAGCCUUUCAUAGUAACCGAGUAGGUUGCGGAGAAAUUCAAGCAAAAUGUGAACAGUCUAAUUGCAGAGAAUUUUUUUAUUUGGGAUGAGGAAGAAAAAAAUUAUUCCUGUUUCAUGUGUAAGAAUACAUUUUCAACUGCAUCCUUUUAGGUAAAUGGAGUCUUAGCAGUCUCCCUCUGUCACAUGCAUCAGAUACAGGUACUGUUCAGGCAUCUGUUUUGUGCUGUCAGAUGGUUUGCUUAUAUGAUGCUGAUUUUCCUUUUAUUUCUUGGUCUCUUGUGGGCAAACAGAAGUGAGCAAACAUGCAAAGAACUUAACAGUGUAUGAACUUAACAGAGAGUGAGUGCAUGUUUUCUAUGCUGAGCUUAAACUUUCCUUAAACUGUUCUGAUAUUCUUGAAAUAAGUGAGAUCUUAAGCAAAUUUCCUGUUCCUGUUUUAAGCCUGAAGUGAAAAUAGUUUUGCCCAUCAAUAUACUGAUAAUGGGCUGUAGUCAGCUGGAGCUGUGGAAUGAUGGCAAUAAAAUGACAGCUAGUUUAGUCUUCUGAGCCAUUUAUGUGAAGUUUGAGAGAGGUAAACAUUCCUCUAGAAGAAGGGAAAUGGGAUAGAGAUGAAUUAAAGUUUCUUAACAUGAGCUAUUGCUUGUCAGUGAUCCCUAACUAGACUACUAAUCCCAUACUUCUGCAGCAAAGGAGAAUCCAUUUCAUAUACCUUUUAGGUCCUGAACUCCCCAAGGCAAGGGAGGGAACCUUAAAGAAGAGAAAUAAAAUUUAAAAAAGGAGGGAGAAAAGGCAAAUAAUUUUUUUCUUUUGCACAGGCUACGAAUGAAGUGCAGAUGAGCCGCACAUCAGUAGUUUGGCUCUGUAUUGAAGUACUUCUCCCUGUGGGUGGAUGGGUGAGCUAUUACAGAAUUUAUAUUAGGAAUCUGUUUCUAGAACAUGUUAUUUAUUGCAAAUGGUAAUGUAUUGUAACUGGAACCCUUUCUGAGCUGAAAUUAUUACAUUUAUGUAACUACUAAUAAAGUUUUGUCUUUCCUUCUA